AUGACACACAGUAAAUUGGAGGAAGGCGACCUUGAGUUGAUCGAAGUUUUAAAAGUGCAUUCGCCGUCAAUCUCACUAUCUGAAAUUAUACAAGAGUUACCAGCACUAGAAAUUUCUAUGUCAGCUAUCUCGAGGGCCAUUAAAAAUAGGCUACUUUCAGGCGAACAAUAUACGAGGGAAAAACUCACUAGAUUGGCAAGAGAGAGAUUCAUCCCGGAAAACAUGUUCUAUACCCAGCUUUUCAUCAAUUACCUUUCGUCAAAAGAUCCGUAUAAAUUAAAAUUUUUUGACGAAGCUGGGAUAAAAAUUCCUUGUGUGGGAACUAGAACAUACGGACACAGUGCUAAGGGGACACGCAGUGUUGAAGUGGUCAGAAAACACGAAUCCCCCAAUAAAACAUUGAAUAUGCUUGUUUCUCUUGAUGGCCCAGUUUACCACAACAUCGUUAACGGAGGCACCAAUACUGCUCGUUUUCUUAUGUUUUUUGAAGAAGCAUGCGAAGUUGCCAAUAUCGAGACUGGUCGACCGUGUCUCGAGGUUGGUGACAUUGUUGUGAUGGACAAUUUGUCCGCGCAUCAUUAUGAAGGUGGGGAGAUUUUGGAAGAGUGGUUUGACACGAUGGGAAUAGAAUUGUUAUACACACCUUCUUACUCUCCUGAUCUGAACCAAAUUGAACUGUGUUUCAACAAGGUUAAAACUGUUUUAAAUGGAGGCUUGAAGGAUCUCGUUCAUACCAAUUUGAAUUUGGCAGUUGCAGAAGCAGUCGACACUAUAACGGCACACGAUAUGGUUGGGUUUUACGAACACACAUCGUAUCUUUUCGUUGAAUAA